AUGAACCCAAGCUCUGGUCGUCAUCCAUCUCAGCAGGGCUUCAGCCGUCGCCCGGCCGCUCCAUGUCCACCUAGCAGCAAUGCGCCGACAGGAAAUAAUGGACUCUCAAGCCGCCCUUCGCACAGACUCCACCCGACAAACUCGGACUCCGGUUCCAAUCGGAACAUCAAGGUAUCGGAGAAUAAGGAUAUUGUGGUGCGGGACAAGAAUGGGGCCUACAAGUUCGAUGCCCCGAAUCUCCCCAGUAAGCCUCAUGUGGUUGAUGCGAAUGAUGAGGAGAUUGAGGCGGAGCUGGAGACGGAGUACAAUUCUACGGAACCCAGUGACGCGGAUAGAGCUAGGCUCAUCCACGCUACCUACGACUCAGUGAUCCGCCAUGGUAACAUACAAUCGAAUGAGGAGCAUGAAGCAGGUGAGACUGAGCUUCCGGAACCUCCCCGACUUGGCCAGUUUCCCCGGAUUUAUGCUGACUGCAAAUGCGAAGGCUGCAAACAACUUCUGGAACUUCUCCGUGAGGACCUGCGCAAAAAAGCGGCGUCUUUGGACGAAGAUAACUGGAUGUUCGAGCCGGAGAGAGACAUGCGGUCUUGA